UUGAGAGUGACCAAAAACCUAAACUUAUAAUCUCUUCUCCCUUAAUUUUCCUUUUCUUUAUGCAAAUGGAUAAUUCUUCUACAUGUAAGGGUUUUUCUUAUAGUGCAAACUCAGGUGAAUCUCCAGAAGAAAGUAGUUGGACAUUUUAUUUUCAAGAUUUCAAGUCCAACAACAAUAAUUGUAGUGAACAAACUUCUUUUUGUUCUGAUGCUGCUUCUUUAGCACCCUAUGAACUCAUCACCAAUAGAAAUAAUAUUGGUACUUUAGACAUUAAUGAUAAUGAAAAUAAUAAUAAGAAAUUUGUUGGUUCCAAGAAGAGAAAGAUGAAAGGAGCAGCAAAAGUUGAUGAUGAUCUUGAAGAUACAGCAAGUUCACCUGUCAAUAGUCCCAAGGUUUCUUAUAUGGAUCAGUUUUGCAAUAGUCAGAAAGGGAAGAGCACUGCAAGUAUUAUAGAGGGAAGGGGAAAUAAUUCUGGCCAGCAAAUGAUGACUAGUGGAUUGAAUAUUUCUACAAAGGACAAUAAUGACCGUACAGAACUGCAGAAAAAAGGAUUAUGCUUAGUACCUAUAUCUAUGUUCAGAAAGUGAUGCAUGGAAAUAUAAAUUUGGUACUGCUACAUAAAAGUGUAUAUAUAAUUUCCCUAUUGAUUUUAUGCACAUGGACAUAAACUCUUAUUUGGUUUUUUACCCGGUGUUCGGUAUCUACAUUGAGGAGUAAAACGCUCCUAACAAAGCCGACUUCAUAUCC